CACUUGCUUGCUAGCCUACACUCCUGCUUAUUGUUCCUGAACAAGAUCAUCAUGCCUCGGGGUCAGAAGAGUAAGCUCCACGCCCGAGAAAAAUGCCACCAGACCAAAGGUGAGACCCGAGAUCUCCAGAGUGUUCAGGCCCCUACAAUGGAGGAGAAAAGCUCUCUACUUCCAACUUCUCCUUAUUUAGGGGUUACUACCCGUACAAAAUCAGCCUGCAGGCUACAAAGCACUUCCAAGGUGCCUCAGAGAGCCUUUUCUACCAGUGAGUCUAAGUGUGUUUCUCCUACAAGGUCGUAUAAAGGAGGUAACUACAGAAAUAAGAGAAAACAGGAUUCUUCCAAGGCCUCAUCCUCCAUUAUGAAGCCCCCUCGAAGUUCUCUCAUUGGCACAGUCCGAGUGGUAGUAAAAUACAUGAUGCAGAUGUAUAAAAUGAAAAAGCCCAUUCUGAAAGCAGAUGUGCUGAAGGUGAUCACCAAAGAGCAUAGAAAACGCUUCUUUGAAAUCCUCAAAAAAGCUUCUUUCAACAUAGAGGUGGUAUUUGGUGUGGACUUAAAGGAAGUGGAUUCUAUAAAGCACUCCUACACCCUUGUCAGCAAAAUGAAUCUCCCUAACAAUGGCACUGUGACUAGAGGCAGGGGACUUCCCAAGACUGGCCUGCUAAUGAAUCUCCUAGGUGUGAUAUUCCUGAAAGGAAACUGUGCCAGCGAGGAAAAGAUCUGGGAAUUCCUGAACAAGAUGAAAAUAUAUGAUGGAAAGAAACAUUUCAUUUUUGGGGAACCCAGGAAGCUUAUCACUCAAGAUUUAGUGAAGCUUAAAUACCUGGAGUACCGUCAGGUGCCUAACAGCCAUCCUGCAAGCUAUGAGUUUCGGUGGGGCCCCAGAUCUCAUGCUGAGACAAGCAAGAUGAGGAUCCUGGAGUUUUGGGCUAAGAUCAACCACACAGUUCCCAGUGCCUUCCAGUCCUGGUAUGAUGAGGCUCUGAGAGAUGAGGAGGAGCGAGCUGGAGCUGCAGGCAUACUCGGUGACACAUUAAUCCAUGGCAGUUAAGUGUUCCACAACCAUGUCAAACAGGUCCUCCCACAUCUGGGCAAGUUAGAGCUUUUUGAUUUUACUCUGGAGUUCAAGAGGGCAGCUACUGAAAGAGGUAGUGAAGGACUGUGUGUAGCUAGAGGGAAGGUGGUGAAUAGCUUUGUGUUCCUGUUCUGUAUGGGCAGUUUGGAAAAUUAUCUGCCUUUUGUUUAAUUUCAUUUUUUUCAAAUGUUCUUUUUAAUCUAUCAGUAUGAUUCCUUUAAUAAAAACUAUAUUGUUCACACAUGUUC